AUGGCAGGUGUUGUCCACCGCCACCACCACUUUGCCAGGAGAGGAUACCGUCAAAGGGUGUAUGUUGAACGUACCAAGCCACUGGAGCAAUACACCUCUGAGGAGCAGUAUGUCCGGUUUCGCUUUGGGAAGGCUGAUAUAGAGUACCUUGUGAACCUUCUCAGGCCAAAACUUCAACACAGAACCCAAAGGAGUCACGGUCUGUCUGUGGAAGACCAGAUCCUCAUUGCUCUCCGAUUUUAUGCAUGUGGGACUUUCUAUCAAGUUGUUGGUGACUAUAUGGGAGUGGUGAAAUCAGCUGUGUGUGAUGUGGACAACCAGAUUGCCCAGGCCAAGCACAGCUUUCUUCUUUUGGGGAAUAUGCCUAAUACUAUUGGAGCAAUCGACUGCACACAUGUGCAUAUACAAGCACCUUGUGAGAAUGAAUGGGAGUUUAUGAACAGAAAGGGGAGGCACAGCAUCAAUGUCCAACUUGUGUGUGAUGCUGACCUCAUCAUCACCAACUGCGUUGUCAAGUGGCCUGGGUCUGUCCAUGAUGCAUGCAUCCUGAGGGAGAGCGCUCUAUAUAGAGACCUCCAAACCAACCGACUGGAUGGCAUAAUAUUAGGAGACAGUGCCUACCCACUCCUACCAUGGCUGAUGACUCCUUUUCUAACAGGAAAUACACCGGCGCAGGCACGCUUCAACACUGCUCAUUGCAGAGCAAGAUGUGCAAUUGAGCGUUUAAAUGGAGUUCUUAAGAGGCGCUUUGCAUGCCUUAACUACCUGAGAGCGGAACCACAGAAAGCAUGCAACAUAACCCUUGCCUGUAUUGUCCUGCACAACAUCGCUACUAAGUGCAAUGUCCCUCUCUGUGCUGACAAUGAUGCACCUGAACCCCUUGGAGACCCUAACCAACCUCCUGCAUUCUGCCAGAACGAGCAAACAGGACGUGCAACAAGGGACGCAAUACUGCUGAAGGGAGAAGGCACAGAUUAUGCUAAAGUUAUAGGUGAUUAUUCUGUGGCAGAGAUGGUGGGUGAUGACAUGGUUGCAACUGAAGUUAUAGGUGUUGCAGAUGCUCCAGUGGUGGUAGUGGAUGACACCAAUGCAGCUGUGGUGGUGGGUGAGCACACCUUUGCAGCCAAGGUUACAGGUGAUGCAGCAGAGAUGUUUUUUGAUGCAGGUGUUGCUGUGGAUGUUCCAAAUACAAUCUUGUGA